AUGCGCGCUCCGACUCCGCUGCUCCGGAGCCUGAGCUCUAAACCAACAUCUCUAGCUCCCCCCCGAAAGCUUCCCACGCAGCGUUUCCCCAGUUUGACUCGCUCUAGUCCCCUCUGCCGGUCAGUCGCGAGCUACACGCAUCCCCAUCAUGCUUCCGCCAUCUCAGUCCUCCCCUCCGUGGUAGAUACCUCCUCACCCGACUUCAAAGAGAAUGCUCGGCAGAUGACGGAGCUGGUGGACCGCAUGGCCAGUCUGCAUACCAGCAUCUCACAGGGUGGGCCACAAAAAGCCAAAGACAAACAUAUCGCUCGCGGGAAGAUGCUUCCGCGAGACCGAGUGUCAGCUCUGAUCGACCCGGGCACCUCCUUCCUGGAGCUGUCCGCAUUAGCCGGCCACGAGGUAUAUCCCGGAGAAGACGUGCCUGCGGGCGGUAUAAUCACAGGGAUUGGAACGGUGGAGGGUGUCACCUGCAUGAUCGUCGCCAAUGACAGCACUGUCAAGGGUGGCACCUACUACCCCAUCACUGUGAAAAAGCAUCUGCGGGCUCAAGCAAUUGCACAGGAGAACAAACUCCCUUGUAUCUAUCUCGUCGACUCCGGCGGGGCGAACCUCCCCCACCAGGCCGAUGUCUUUCCGGACAAGGAGCACUUCGGACGCAUUUUCUUCAACCAGGCUCGAAUGAGCUCCCAGGGAAUUCCCCAGAUCUCAGUAGUCAUGGGCCCUUGUACCGCUGGAGGGGCCUACGUGCCCGCGAUGAGCGACGAGACCAUUAUCGUUGAGAACCAGGGCACCAUAUUCCUGGCUGGUCCGCCCCUCGUGAAGGCCGCCACGGGCGAAGAGGUGUCCGCUGAAGACCUGGGCGGUGGUCAACUUCACAGCACCAUCUCCGGUGUAACAGACUACCUGGCCGUGGACGAUGCCCACGCCCUUGUCCUCGCUCGCCGAUCGAUCUCCAAUCUCAACUACCCGACAACCAGCGUACCGCAACAGUUGUCCGAAAACGCCAUCAAAGAACCACUGUACGAUCCCAACGAACUCAAUGGCAUCGUGGGAACCAACCUCCGGCGCCAGAUCCCCGUACACGAGGUGAUCGCUCGAAUCGUCGACGGCAGCGAAUUCGCCGAAUUCAAGCGCGACUAUGGUACCACCCUGGUCACCGGCUUUGCUCGCAUUUUCGGCCACCAAGUCGGUAUCGUCGCCAACAACGGUAUUCUGUUCUCCGAGUCCUCACUCAAGGGGGCCCACUUCAUCGAACUCUGCGCGCAGCGCAACAUCCCCCUCAUCUUCCUUCAAAACAUCUCCGGUUUCAUGGUCGGCGCCGAUGCCGAAAAGGGCGGUAUUGCCAAGAAUGGUGCCAAAUUGGUCACGGCCGUCGCUUGUGCCGAUGUACCCAAGUUCACCGUGGUAUUUGGCUCCAGUGCUGGUGCCGGUAACUACGGCAUGUGUGGCCGUGCAUAUUCCCCCCGUCUCAUGUUCAUGUGGCCCAAUGCCAAAAUCGGCGUCAUGGGUUCCGAACAACUCUCGUCCGUGAUGGAGGCCGUCGGCCGUACGGCUGAUCCCGCCCUUAAGGACCGGAUCGAUCGGGAAUCCGAGGCGACGUUCUCAUCUGCUCGACUGUGGGAUGACGGGGUGAUUCCUCCUUCGCAGACCAGACGAGUCCUGGGGUUGAGUCUGGCGGCUGCGGUAGGUGGAAAUGUCGAUAAAGAUGUACAGACUCGGUUUGGGGUGUUUAGAAUGUGA